AAACAUACAACGAGAUUUCCGAGUCGGAGUUGAUCGUCGCGCGUACGAUCGUUUUAGGUUAAGUUUUACGUGUCCGCGCUAGUGUGAGUGUAUAUGUGUGUGUGUGCCUGUGUGUAUGUGAGUAGUACCCGCGUAUUAUAUGUAUGUGCUCAAGAACGAUACUUUUACUGGAUAUUUUUAUAUUAAUAAUAAACAGGAUUUUACCGUUGCGAUUGUGAAAAGUUCGGGGUUUUUUGGGAACUACGCAGCGAUAUUACAGUGUGACUUUUUUGUUAAUACAUUGCUGCUUAAGGUUUUUUUUUUUAUUGGAUAUUUCAGAGUUUUCAUAUGACAUACGAUAAUGUCCACCCUAGCGGCGCCUUAAACAGCUACGUCCUAUAAAAACGUUCAAAAAAAUGUUCGAGAACUUUUUUGAUCGUAUAACGAGUCCUAACUCGAGAAGGAGGAGCACUUACCAUUGUCCGGAAGUGCAUUCGGAUCCUGAGGACUGUGAGCCGGCCAUCACUCCUUCUAGGAAACCACGACUUUUGGAAAGAAGGAAGAAAGGCAGAGGGAUUACUUCUGGAUUAAGGCAAGCCAGAAGUUUGGGCAGACUUGAUGGAUUAAAAGAGGCCGAACGUCUCGCAGAAUAUAGCAGAUUCUUAGGCGGUUCCCAACCGAACCUCGAUGGACGUCAAAAAGAUCUCGAUAGGAUCCAGGACCUAUUCCCUCAGGACUAUUUGGGACUUCAUAUGGCCGAACCCUGUAUGACUACACACCAUACUUUGAAGACCAAAUCGUUUCGGAAAAAGUCAUUGGGCGACCUCACGGCACCACAACCACGCUACGACCACGGCAGAUCGUUACCAUGCAAAAGGAUAUUCCUGAUGGAGGCGCCGUGCGAAAUGAGACCCGCGCAGUUGGCAGUGAACUCAAAGUCCAGGCACCUUUUCUUGUUUUCGGAUUUACUGUUGAUCGCCAAGAAGGUUCGGACCACCGGAGUACCACAGUUUAAAUUGAAGGAGAGCGUGAGGGUGUCAGAACUAUGGAUGGAGGACUAUCGAGAAUCGGAAACUGGGUUUUACUUGGGAUGGCCGUCGCCUGCCAGGACGUUUCUCGUCACUUUUUUCACGCAAGCGGCCAAGGAGAGCUGGUGGAGGGAGCUGAGUCAGGUGUUGGCCACCCAGCUCAGUUUGGAACACCAAAAGACCAAUAUUAAGGUGGUUUACAGAGACCCAUUAAGCAGCACCGAAUGGUCAAAAACGUUCUGCGUAAGACCAGAUACCACUUGUACAGACAUAAAACGGUGGGCAAUAGAAGAUACCAGGACGUGCGAAACUUCGUACACUUUGUAUACUAGAGACAGAGAUAACGCACCUUGUCCCUUAAUAGGUUGUGAGAGACCUCAUUCGAUUCAGUUUGCCAGAAUGAGACAAUCGACCAGUGCGGAGGAGGGUUUCGACCUGAACCAUUGCAAUAGAAGCACGAUACCUUGCGACGUUGUCUUUGAACUCAGGCCCGUUAUUAACGUUACCAAGCCAAGUCCCAGAAAAAGGGACCCCCUAAAGCAACUCUUUAGAAAAUCGAGUGCCGGACGAAUAUUCGGAGUGCAACUUUCCAAGUUAUGUCCGAACAACUGUCUGCCUCCGGUAAUUCUCACUUGCCUUCAGGUUUUAUUCCAAAAAGGGCCGCAUACGCAGGGCAUUUUUCGAAGGUGCGCCGCCGCCAGGGCUUUGAGGGAAUUAAAGGAAAAAGUUGAUUCACAAGGUGCCACCAUAUGCGAAGAAAUCCUAAACACUCCGGCCUUGCUGCUCGGUGCUCUGUUAAAAGAUUUCCUGCGUAGCUUACCGGAACCUUUAUUAGCGGGAAACGUGCAAGAAUGGCUUAACGCCGCUACGAGCGGCCGCUUAGAUCUUCUCAGGAGACUUCUAAGCAAUUUACCGAGAGAAAACCAUAUGCUCCUCAGAUACGUUAUUUGUGUGCUAUAUAAUAUCGCGAAGAAGUCCAGGAACAAUUUGAUGUCCCCAUUGAACUUGGGUGUUUGCGUGGGUCCGAGUAUGCUAUGGGAGUCCUCGCAGAGCGCCCCCUUGAGGACCCUACCGACCCUGAUCGAGACUUUGAUCAAUAACUGUCAAGCGCUGUUCGGUUCCCAGGUGGUUUCGCUGUUGGGCGAGGUGGCGAACGAUAGCGGCGCCGAAGAGUCUGACAGCUUACAUUCCCUUGGUCUAUCUUUAGACUCAUCGGUGGAACUGAGCAAGGAUCAGAAAUCGCUCAGCAGGGACUCCGGACUGACAUUGUCUGAAGAUGAUCGAGACAGUCCCGGAUUGAAUUAUUACACCGGCAACUUCUACCGGUCGGACUGGGCCCGGCAACCGGCCAGACCCCGUAUCAUGGACAAUAUCGGUUCUUCGGCCGAAGAAGACGACGCUUAUUACAGGGCAUCGAAUGAAAAUUUGUGUUCACCACCUCCAAGACAUUUCCGUCCGUCGGAAGAGCGACCUCCGGUGCCGCCUAAACGGUUGCCGCCCCAAAGGGUCCACAUGCCGCCCAAUUACCGGUCACCGCCGCCGCCCCACCCUUACCAGCAGCUGCUCUCUUAUACGGACGCGGAAAGUUAUGUUUAAUUUUGCCAUAUUGGAUUUAUUAUAAUAUUGACAUCCUGGCAGGGGUGUUUGCCCGAAUCGGUGCCUAACAUUUAGGUUUAUGUAAAAAUCUGUAUUGUUGUGACGAAUUCAUAAUGAGUUACUUAUUUGAUUGCGGAUUACGUCACUUAUAGUAAUAAUCAAUUUAGGAAAUAUCUCACACUCUCGCUAUUGUUGUUUCUAUACACUAAAAGGUGUCAAUAUUAAGUGCCUAAGAAAUGAAGCAUCAAUUUAAGAGUUUUUCUCACUUGCUUAAAAUUUCCAACCGUUUAGGCAGGAACGUUUUCUAUUUUCAUGUAUGCUCAUCAGUUUUAAAAAAAGUGAAAGUUUCUGUUAAUUCAUUGCCAUCUUUAGAACAUUAAUUUUCGACUUAGGGAAUUUGAAUUGGCAAACCUGGAUCUGCUUCAAUGACAAACGUCAGCUGCCACCGUCUGCUGUGAAAAAGGAUAUGUAUAUCGGAAACUCCUCAAUGAUUCUUUCAGACGCCAUUUUGUGUAUAAAUAAUGUAAUAAGUUUAUCACUUUUUAAACACUCGGGCUAUAUUGCGUCAAAACAACUUAUCAAAUAGACUACGAGGUCUGGCUAUUAAAUAACGAGACUUAUUACGAAAUUAUUAUAUAUUCGAAUGCUCCCUUUCAAUAUACUCCUCUCCCCUCGUCACACAUCUUUCCGUACGUUUUUUCCAUUGAUCGAAGCAGUGCGGGAAGUCUUCUCUGGUGAGGGCCUUUGGGAGCACUGCCGUUUUUUGCUUACCGCUUCCAUCGACUCAAAUCGGGUCCCUUUCAAAGCAGAUUUUAUCUUCGGAAACAAAAAAUAGUCGCACGGGGCCAAAUCUGGCGAAUACGGCGCGUGUUCGAGCACUGGAGUGCGCUUACCGGCCAAAUACUGCUUCACAGAUCGCGCGUUAUGGGCAGGUGCGUUGUCCUGGUGCAAAAUCCACGAGUUAUUUUUCCACAACUCGGCCACGGCCGUUUUUUACGAACUCGUUCUCGCAGUGUUGCCAAAACUGACAAAUAGGUUGACAGUCUGACCCUCUGGAAACCAUUCAGUCAUCACGAUACCGUUAAUGUCGAAAAAAAUGAUCAACAUUGCCUUAAAUUUUGAUUUGGACAUCCUUGCUUUUUUGAUUCAGGCGUCUUGCAAUGCAUCGAUUGCCGCUUGGUUUCAACAUCGUAUUGAAAAAUCCACGUUUCGUCGCAAGUAAUAAUGUUUUUCAUCAGUCCGGGAUCUUCUUCUGACCUUUCAAGGAAAUCUGAGCAGACCUGUUGACGCGAGAGCUUUUGGUCAGGAGUCAGGUUUUUUGGCACCAAGUUCGCACAGACUUUUGACAUGUGCAAUUCCCCGAUUUUUCUAACAGUUUACAGCCUCGGCAAUCAUCCGGGUGCUCAUUCGACGCUCUGCACGCACGAUUUGGUUGAUUUUGGUCACUGUUUCCAAGACGUUGAAACAGUGACAGGGCGACCUGAGCGCUAGUCAUCUUCAGUGCUCUCUGGGUCCGCACUAAAGCGCUUACACCACUCGAAAACACGCGCACGAGAGAGAGAAUUUUCCCCAUAGGCCUCUUGCAACAAUUUAUAGCACUCUGUCGGAGUUUUUUCAAUUUAACGGGAAAUUUAAGAUUGAUGCGUGGCUCUUGUUUUUCGAUACGAAAAAAAAACCACGUUCGUUUCAAACCGCUACUGCACGAAUACUCUUAAUAGUGACGAAAACGUGUUUUGGUACGUGCAUAGGCAAGAUAUCUAGAUACCCAACGCACUACUCACUCGUUUUUUUCCCCACCUCUAGGCACGCAGUCUCGUUAUUUAAUAGCCAGACCUCGUAUACGCAAAUAAAACUUAUCUUACACAAGAAAAAAAUAAAAAUAAAGAAAACAAUUAAAUACCGACCCGAAAAGGUAAGAACUAGCGAUCCGUAGCCAGUUUCCGCUCUCGCUCAGUUCUAUAUAAAAACUGCCUUUUUUAUAAUCCAAAAUCCCUUCAAUGCUCUAUUCAUUCCCGGCUACGUUUCACCCUCUCCAAUAUUUAUUUUUCUAAAUAUCGGAUCAUGUUACAUACCCGUUCAAAAGUCGAAUAUUCAAUUUUUUAAGCCAAGACACUCACAAACUAAAUUUUAUCACCUUUGUGGCAAUACCGCUGUCGCCUGGUUCUUAACAACUAAUGUAAACAGAUUUGUACCCUAUUUUAACUUAAAAUUAUAUAUGUGAGAAUAUAUUCCGUGCCAGACCAGCUAGUUUUGAAACUCAAUAAGGCCCUCUUCAUGAAAUCGUCGUCACCCGAGCCAUUAGCCUUAUUUAUUCGACAUUAUGGGACACUUUAUGAUGACGAUUUAUGGAUGCGGAGUGUUUGUGUUAGUUUUAAGUAAGAGUUUUGCCAUUAAAAAGAAAAGGGACAUUCGAAUUCUAGACAGCGUCUGCGACGCAUUAUUUCUGGAGAGAAAUUUGUUCUGUUUUAUUUUAAGAUUUUUAAAAUGAAAAGGAAAACUUCUUUUUUGGCUUCUUUUAUCAGAAAAAUUACCAGGGCUAGAUUUAUUAUAAUCACUUAAAAGCAUUAGUAAUCCACUAACUGAGUCUAGGUUGCUAUUAAAAGCGGCGGUUGUGACAUGAAUGUCUUUGAUAUCACCAAUGACAAUUUCUAAUAACUGACUAUCAGUUAGAUUAAAAUCUAGAGAAUUUAAAAGAAUAAUUUUUUUCUGGCAUACUCGCAGUAGGAGUUAGCGUCAUUGCUGGUGUACAAACAGGCUCUUCGCAACUUUUCGCUUAGAUUUCUCUUGGCCGGAUAAAAACUGCAUAACUCAGUCCUAAAGUCCUCCCAGGUUAACUGUAAUGGCUUCCAAGUCGACAGCCAGUUCUUUAUUCUCCAGCCAACCCACUCGAACCUCUGGCAAGUAACUCAUGAUUAGACCACUUAAAAGUUUUACCCAAUUUUUCCAAUUCGUUACCGCACCGUCGGAACGUCGACACAGCACUUUUGUUUUCAUCUCUAAGCGCUUUUAGAGAGUCGGUUAAAAUUUUCGCGAAUCCUUCCAUAAUUCUUAUCCACAAGACGCGAUUAAUUUUUUUAUUUUACUGAUUUAAAGCCGUCCACGAAAACAAUAAGUGGUACUUUUAGUAAGCCGAUCCCACUUCUGAUGUAAGAAAACACCGAGUUGUAAUUAAAUUAUGAUUUAAUAAAACGAAAAAUCUUAAAAUAAAACAGAACAAAUUUCUCUCCAGAAAUAAUGUCUAGAAUUCGAAUGUCCUUUUUCUUUUUAAUAGCAAAACUCUUACUUAAAACUAACACAAACACUCCGCAUCCAUAAAUCGUCAACAUAAAGUGUCCCAUAAUGUCGAAUAAAUAAGGCUAAUGGCUCGGGUGACGAUUUCAUGAAGAGGGCCUUAUUGAGUUUCGAAUCUAGCACGGAAUAUAUUCUCACAUAUAAAAGUAUCUGAAGCCGACAUGUAUAUCUAAGGAAUUUCUGUUCUUUUCCACAAAAAGGUUGGCAGUACUGUCAGAAAACUUCAGCUGUCAAGGGGGAAAUAAUAAUAGUCAACGCGCGAACUGUUUAGAUAAGGGAAUAAAGAAGAGGCCUUAUCGAAUAAGAAUGUGUGUCUAGGGAAUUUUUGUUCUGGGCAAUGUGUUCUAAAGAAGGUUUGCAGUACUGGCUCCCAAAAAAAGAACACACUAAUUAACGGUUGACUAAUGGCUUGACAAAUUACUAGACAUAACUACCAAAACGUUGGUUCAAAUUAGGUAUUUGUAUUGAGAUCGAUAAAUUAAACCUCAGCUCCUAGGUAUAUAAAAAAAAUCAAAUAAAUUAUUGUAUAUAAAACUUAUUGAACUUAAAUUAAAUAUAACGAAAGUUAUCGUUAAAGAUUCAAGUUCAUAUUUCUUUAAAAUACGUGAAGAAGUCUAUUUUCUUCGUCUUUUCAAUAUUUGAGAUAUAAGUGACGUAAUACCCAAUAAAAUAAGUAACUCGUUUAGAUUUAUGACGGUAUAAAAAAAUACCCAAAUUUGUCUUUGUUAUAUUGUAUUAUUUUGAUUAUUAAUGUUUGUUGUGAAUUAAAUUGUACUUAAUUAUUAUUUGUAAAUGUGUUGUACAAAAACUGUAGUAUAUAGAGGAACUAAUUAAAAUUGUAAGAACAUAAGACAUAUCAAUGUGUAAAACGGACAAUAAGUUUAGGUGUUAAGUAAAGCGAUUGCCAUUUUAUCGUUAGGUAGUUUAUUAAGAGAUUUUUUCUAUUGAACAUAGUUAGCGGAUUAAGAUUUUUUUGUACAUGGUUUAUAUGUUGAAUAUAUAUAUGCAGUAUAUAAAUAAA